AUGAUGGGCGCCGCGACGGUCUUGUCCACCAUGAAAGCCGCUGCGACGCUCAAGCUGCCGGUGAAUCUUGUCGGCGCAGUCGGCCUCGUGGAGAACUCCAUCGGCCCCGACAGCUACUUCCCCUCCAGCAUCCUCACCAGUCUCAAAGGCUUGACGGUGGAGGUUUUGAACACGGAUGCCGAGGGGCGGCUCGUGCUGGCGGACUUGCUCACGUACGUGCAGACGCAAGCGAAGCUGCAGAAGACCCCCAGCACCAUCAUCGACCUCGCGACACUUACGGGGGCGAUUAUCGUCAGCCUGGGCAGCCGCCGCGCCGGUCUCUUUGCCAACAGCUCCCGCCUGUCCGAGAAACUAAUGGCCACGGGCACGCAAAGCGGGGAGGAGCUCUGGCCAAUGCCGGUGGGUCCCGAGCACACGGAGAGGAUGAAGGGCGGCCUCGCGGAUUUGGUGAACGCCGCGGCGGGGCGGGAGGCCGGCGCCUGCACCGCGGCAGCCUUUCUGGCGAACUUUGUGGAGCCCGGGAAGGAAUGGGCCCACCUUGACAUUGCUGGCACCGCCGACGUCGGCGACAAACCCAAAGGCUUCCACCCUGGCGGUGUCACCGGCUUUGGUGUUCAGCUGCUCGUUGACUACCUUCGGAAGAAGUAA